AUGGCGCCCCCCGCUCGCCCCUCGUACAUCGGCGCCAUCGAUCAGGGCACCACGAGCUCGCGCUUCCUCGCGUUCGACCACGCGGGCCGCGUCGCCGCCGCGCACCAGCGCGAGCACCGCCAGCUCUACCCAGCGCCCGGAUACUGCGAGCACGACCCGGAGGAGAUCUUGGCGAACGUCGAGACGUGCGUGCGGGCGGCGCUUUCCGCCUCGAGCGUCGCGCAGCUGACGGCCAUUGGGAUCGCGAAUCAGCGCGAGACAGCGCUCGUGUGGGACCGCCGCUCGGGGCGCCCGCUGUACAACGCCAUAGUGUGGCACGACACGCGGACGCAGGCGAUUGUGCACCGGCUGAAGAGCAGCGGCGGAGGCGGCACUGGACCAGAGGCAAAUGGCGGCAGCGACCGCUUUCGUGCGACGACGGGCCUUCCAGUUGCUACGUACUUUUCAGCGGUGAAGCUGCUCUGGUUGCUGGAAAACGUACCCACUGUGCGGGACAAAGCCGACGCCGGCGACGCGCUGUUUGGUACGAUCGACUCGUGGCUCAUUUGGAACUUGAGCGGUGGCGUCGAUGGCGGCGUCCACGUGACGGACGUGACGAACGCCUCGCGCACGAACCUCAUGCGCCUCGAUACGCUCCAGUGGGACGACGAGAUCUUGACCUGUCUCAACAUUCCAAAGACGAUGCUGCCGGAGAUUCGCUCGAGCUCGGAAGUGUACGCUGUAGGGCACAAGGACAGUGUGAUUCCGGGCAUUCCCAUUGCGGGAGUUAUGGGGGACCAGCACGCGGCGCUCUUUGGUCAGGCCUGUUUCCGUCCUGGCGAAGCGAAGAACACGUACGGCACUGGCUGUUUCUUCAUGAUGAACACGGGCACGACACCUACGCCUUCCACCAAAGGUCUACUCACGACUUUGGGCUACAAGAUCGGCGACCAGCCGGCUGUGUAUGCACUGGAAGGCUCGAUCCCGUUUGCUGGAUCGCUCGUGCAGUGGCUACGCGACAAUCUCAAGAUGAUUGGCAGUGCCGAAGAGGUUGAGGAGUAUGCGAAGAAAGUCGAGGACAACGGUGGCGUGUACCUUGUGCCGGCUUUCUCUGGGCUCUUUGCGCCGCGUUGGCGGGACGACGCACGCGGUGUGAUGGUCGGACUGACGUCGUAUGCGACCCGUGGGCACAUUUGUCGAGCUGCUUUAGAGGCCACUGCGUUCCAGACGCAGGAGGUGGUGGCAGCCAUGGAAAACGAUAGUGGCGUACAUCUUACGAACCUGAAGGUUGACGGUGGAAUGGUGGUGAACGAUACGCUCAUGCAGUUCCAGUCAGACGUGCUGAAUGUGCCAGUGACGCGUCCUGCAGUGGCCGAGACGACGGCGCUCGGCGCAGCGUACGCUGCUGGCCUGGCUGUUGGCUUCUGGCAGACAGAGGAUGAGUUGCGUGAGAAGUGGCAGGUUGGCACCACUUGGAAGCCGGAUAUGGAGCCUAAGAAGCGCAGUCAUUUACUCCAUCAGUGGAGCAAAGCUGUCGAGCGAACCUUGAAUUGGGAGGAGCAGGAAUGA